ACAAAUCACAGCAUUCUUAUAAAUACAACAUGGGCGGGGGGUUGCACACAUAUCUUAACUUUAGUUAAUGUUAGCCAUGGCUCGUCUUAUCCCAAUUUCCCAACCGUUCUUCUCUUCAAACACUAAACCUCAACCACCACCAAUCCCCGCCGCUCAAAUCUCCGACCACCAAUCCCCACCGCAAAUUCUCUCUCGCAGAGACACCAUUCUCCUCUCCUCCACCGCUUCUCUUCUCCUCUCACUCUCCCCCACCGAUCCCGCUUCUGCCUUCUCCUUAGGAAUCUCAGGACCUAAAGAGUGGCUUAAAGAACAGAAGAAGAAGUCAUCAAGAUUCUUACUCGCUCCCAUUGGUGCAUCUCGUGAAGCUCUCCGAUCUGCUUACCUUUCGAUUACUAGUGAAUCUGAGUAUACGGAUAAAGAUUUGGAGAAUCUUCAGAGUCUGUUUAAGUCUUCUGCAAGAGACUGUGUUCCUAAUGAGAGAAGCUCUCUUGUGGACUUUCAGUCUAAAUCCGGAGUCGAGGUUUGUACAUUCAAGCUUGUUGUGAAGAAUGCUGCUUCAUUACUAGAUGAUAAAGACCCACUUAAGUUAGAAGCUGAGAAUAUACUCAGUGAUCUCGUUAGGUCUUUCGGUUCCUUGAUCGUGUUGUCGAAUGGGAUUGAUAUGAAUCUUCCUUCUGAUAGAAAAAAGGUUGCGGAUGCGGUUACUGAUGCUAUCUCUUAUCUUGACAAAUUUGAGAAGGGUGUUAAGGACUGCCUUGAGAUAUGAUCUGAGAUGAAGUCUAGUUCUCUAUUCCUUCUCUUCUUGUGAACUAGUUAUGGCUGUAUAGGUGUACCAACAACAUCUGUUACAAGUGUCUUGUUGAAAGAGAUCUCGUUUUAUAUAAAUAUAAUCAUAUGCUUGAUGCUUAGCUUC